AUGACUACUUAUUAUUGGAAUAUGCGUAUUCCUGCAUUCCGUUAUGACGUUGAUGGUAAUAAUGUUGAAUCUUACAGAAAGGGAAUGGUUGCAGAAAUUUUCUUAAUUUAUCUUAUAUACCUAGCAAUAAUUGCUAUUGGAACCAUUAGAGGAAAAUACAGAGAAAGUUUAAGCUAUGCUGAAGGAAAACAAAUUGCAAGUGGCCAAGAAGGUUAGAAAUAAGAAGAGUUAGCUCUUGUGGAUAGGAUUAAUUACUACGAAUUCGAUAGAUUCUUCUACCCUUAUUAUGGUUUCCAUACAAUUUGUGUAGGUAUGGCCUUACUUUAUGGACCUUAUGGUUAUGAAAUUGCUAUUAUUUGGAUUCAUUUCCUAUUCUAUGUAAUCAUGAUAGGUUUAAAAAUUAAAUUUGGAGAUGAAAAGAAUAAAAUUUUAUUUGGUAUUUAUGCCUUUUUGCAACUUAUUAAUAUUUCUUUGAUAAUUGCAUCAUUGGCUAGACUUGGAGGUUAUAAAACAUUAGUAGAUCCAUUGUAAAACCAUACAGGAUGA